AUGAGUCGCUGGAAGCCCCCAACGACAGACAUCCCACCAAUGAAAGAUCUCACGACGGAAAACAUCACCGAAAACGUACACAUCGUCAACUCACAAUGUCACGAUCCACGUCUCCGCUAUCUCCUUGAAUGUAUCGUCAACCACCUUCACGAAUUUUGUCACGAGACGAGACUUUCGACUGCAGAAUGGCAAGCGGGGAUUCAAUUCUUGACUGAAAUUGGCCAGAUCAGCAACGAUCUACGGCACGAGAUGAUUCUUCUUUCCGAUACACUGGGAGUGAGUUUGCUCGUUGAUUCGAUUAACCAUCCACGACAUGAACCUGCGACUGAGGGGACCGUUCUGGGGCCUUUUCACACGCACGACGCAAAGGAGAAAGACAACGGAGCCGUUCUACAUAACGAUCCAGACGCGACGCAAUUGCUCGUUGUUUGUAAAGUCAAAGAUACAGAUGGGAACAAUAUCUCAGACGUCAAGGUUGAUGUCUGGGAAGGGGACUCAAAGGGCUUCUACGAUGUGCAGGAUCCGAAUAGGACGGGACCCGAUGGAAGAGGGGUGUUGCGGUCCGACAAAGAGGGCAAUUUCUUUUUCAAAGCUAUUGUCCCAGUUCCUUACCCUAUACCCAUGGAUGGACCGGUAGGAAAGAUGCUUCAGGCACUUGGGCGCCAUCCAAACCGUCCUGGCCAUGUACAUUUCAUGCUGGAUAAGCCUGGAUAUGACCUAUUGAUAACGGCUCUAUAUCCACGCGGUGAUCCAUACGAGAGUUCAGACCCAGUAUUUGGAGUUAAGGAAUCACUGAUCGUCGACUUGUCCAAGGUGACAGAUCCGGCAAUGGCAUCUAAGUAUGACGUCAAGAUGGAUACUCCCUUGCUUACCUAUGACUUCGUGCUCCUGACAGAUCAGCAAGCUCGCGAAUUGCGAAAGGAAAGGGCUGUUGAGGAGAUGCGGAAGCAGAAGCGGAAUGUGCUCUGGCACAACGGGCUACCCGUGCCCGCGGCAGAGGGUCAAUGA